AUGACUUCUUCCGACGUACGAGACGUGCUCAACCUCCCCGACAGCCAUGGCGGCCCGCGUCCAGCAAAGAAGCAAAAGACCUCGGCCCCGCGCCCCAACCUGAAGGGUCUUGCGCGAGAGGUUCAGAACUUGGGCGGCGACAAUCCUAUCGCAAUUGUACCCGAGGUCUCGAUAUUCAAGAAGCGGCGAUUUGCGAGCAGGAAACCGGCCUCUAAGUGGGUGCUGAAGUCGUUCACAAACUCGGCACGAGGCGACAGCGGCGCAUUGGUAUUGAAGCACUGGCGGAGGAAGACGACAGGACCCGAGAAUGGUGCGGCACCGGCAGAGGGCGAUGCGGAAAUGAAGGACGCGGAUAGCGAGGCAGCUGCGAAGCCGGAAGACUCGUCGUUUGCUAAGUACAACGUCGAGGUGGACGUGCCGCAGUACAGCGAGGACCAGUACAGGACAAACCUGCAGAGCGACGACUGGACCAAGGAGGAGACGGACUACUUGCUCACCCUGGUCAAGGACUUUGACCUCCGAUGGCCGAUCAUAUGGGAUCGUUACGACUAUCUACCAGAGGCCAUCAAUGGGGAGGCUUCGGCGGACGGAGAUGAGAGUAAGGCUAUCAUUCCCGUACCAAAGCCGAGGACAAUGGAAGAUCUGAAGGCACGGUAUUACGAGGUUGCUGCGAAGAUGAUGGCAGUUCAGAAGCCCGUCCAGUACAUGACUCAACCAGAGUACGCCCUCCACGAGCUCAUGGCCAACUUCAAUCCAAAUCAGGAGAAGAUGCGGAAGGACUUUGCGAACAACGCUCUUACGAGAUCCAAAGAGGAGGCCAAGGAAGAGGAGUCCCUACUGCUGGAGAUCAAGCGUAUCCUCGCGCGCAAUGACCGCUUCAACGAGGAGCGUCGGGAGCUGUACAACCGCCUGGACUACCCGCAUACCGACCAGGACAUAAGUGCCUUCAAGUCAAGUGCGGGGCUUCAGACACUGUUGCAGAAUCUGAUGAACGCCGACAAAUCCAAGAAGCGGAAAUCUAUUAUGGCGGCAGACGGUGCCAGCCCUGCUACGCCUGCAGGCCAACAAGCUGCAGCGCCAGAGAACGCCAACCGUCGCGAGAGCAUCGCCGCCGCCGCCGCCGCCGCACCUGCGGAGAAGCCACACAAGGAGCCCCCCAGCAGCGCUGCUCAGACACCGACAGCGCCCGCCGGCGGCAAGAAGGGCCAGCAGCAGCAGGAACGCCGCAAGCCCUCCGAAGCCGAGCAAUUUGUCUAUGGUGUUUCGCACCACGAUCGCUUGUCCAGCGGUCCAACGUUCCGUUAUGAGAAGAUCAACAAGCUGUUCACGCACAAAUCUAACCAACAGCAGUUGCGUAUCAUGAACACGCUGAAUGAACUCGACAUUCCGCCGCGGCUUGUUAUGCCCACUGCCGCGGUCACUGCCCAGUACGAACAGCUGUUGGGUGCCGUUAAUAGCUUGCUCGACGCUAGAAAAGUCACGGACAAGGUUGAUGCCGAAGUUAAGAUUGAGAUGGCCAAGAAAGCGGAGCGAGAGAAGGCCAACGCGCCACCAGAGCCUGAGACGGGCUCGGAAACUAAGGAUGGCGAGGAAGUCGAGAGGCCUGCUAAGAAAGAGGGAGAUAAGCCUGCGGAAGGAGAAAAGAAAGCAGAAGCGGCAGCCGGGGAAGCUGCAAAGACGGACGAACCGAAGACAAACGGCGAGCAAGACAAUGCCGAGGCAGCCCCGGCCACGAACGGCGAAGAACCGGGUGCUGCGCCGGAUGCCGCGGGCGACGACAAGGGAGACGCGGAUAAGGAAAAGGAGAAGUCGGCUCGGCCGGGGAGUAGCGGAGCAUCAAACAAGCGAAGCGCAAGCGUAUUAGAGGGCGGUGGCGCAAAUGACGACAAGAGCGCGAAGAGGCAGAAAAAGUGA